AUGGGUACUUUUACGACGAUAAAAAAUGUCUAUCUCAUCUUGGAGUAUGCCGUUUAUGGUGAGCUCUACCAUCAUCUCAAGUCCAGUCGCCGAUUUGGCGAUACCACCGCUUCAUAUUACAUCUACCAGGUGGCUGUGGCAUUGAGUUAUUUGCAUUCAAAACAUAUUAUUCAUCGAGAUAUCAAGCCGGAAAAUAUCCUCUUGUCUCUCAACAACUCGCUCAAAUUAAGUGAUUUUGGCUGGUCCGUCAAGCAUCGUCCUUCCACACCUUCUUCACGUCGAACCACCGUUUGCGGCACCUUGGACUAUCUUCCUCCAGAAAUGAUCGAUACCAAGGAACACGACUACCUGGUUGAUAUAUGGGCAUUGGGGAUUCUUUGCUACGAGUUUUUGACGGGUAAGCCACCUUUUGAAGAGCAUGAUAAAAACACCACAUAUAAAAGAAUCUGCCAAGUUGAUCUCCACAUUCCUAGCUAUAUCAGUCCUGAAGCAGCCGACUUGAUUAUCCGUCUUUUACAGAAGAACCCACGCCAGCGGAUCAGUCUUGCCGAAGUGAUAGUGCAUCCAUGGAUUGUAAAGAAUCGGCCCCAUUGGAACAACUAA